AUGGACAUUGACAAUCAAGGAAUCGGGAAACAAGAAAUAGAUAAUUUAUUUUUUAAAGUUUGGAGAAAUAAGAUUAUUAGGAAAGAAAUUAUAAAACAUUUUAAAUUUUUUAUUAAUAGCAAUAUUAUUUUUAAUACCAUAACAGAGUUUAUAGAAUAUCGAAAUAAAGAUUACUUAACAAAUGUAACCAUAGAUUUUAGCCAAGGUCUAGACUGCUAUUUAUUACCCGCGGUAGAAACACUAAAGUUUGGUAAUGCGUUCAGACAAUCCCCCAAGUUUGGAGAAUUUAUAAAAACAAUAAAGACUUUGAAAUUCGGUAAUUAUUUCAAUGGUGCACUAUAUGAAGGAUAUAUACCAUCUUCAGUUACAAGUUUGACCUUUGGUAGCUAUUUCGAUCAACCAUUUAAAAAAGGAGAUAUACCACUUGGUGUUAGAACUCUAUCUCUUGGUAAUUUUUUUAAGCAACCACUAAAAGAAGGUGAUUUACCACCUACGAUAGAGACGUUGAUCUUUAGUGAUGAAUUCAAUCAACCAUUAAAAGAAGGCGAUAUACCAUUAUCUGUUACAAAAUUAACGCUGGGCAGUAUUCCUUCAUCAGUUUCGAUAUUAACAUUUGGUAAUGAUUUCAAUAGAAAACUUCAUGAAGGCUCUAUUCCACCAUCGAUAGAAAUAUUAGCAUUAAGUCUUUGUUUCAAUCAACCACUUGACCAAGGAUCUAUUCCAUUAUCUGUUUCGAGAUUAAUAUUUGGUUACUAUUUUAAUCAACCUCUUAAACCAGGUGACAUACCCCCAUCGGUUACGCAUCUAACAUUUGGUAAUGAAUUCAAUCAACCUCUUGUACCAGGUGUUAUACCAUCUUCUGUUACAAUUCUAAAUUUAGGAAAAAGGUUCAACCAUCCGCUUAGUAGAGCUUCAAUACCAGAAUCAGUAAAAAACAUAUCUUUGUAUAACAAUCUUUAA